UUUCUUUCAAAAGGAGUCCGACUAACGAAGGGUACAUCUAUUCAAAGCCAAUUUAAAGCUGUUGACCAUUGAGCUUCAAAACAAAUCUUCAGACACCAAACACGCGUCCGCCUUUCUUCUGAGUGACGUUUCACAUCACUCACGUGGAAUAAUUUCAACCACAAGUGCUUUUCUAAUUUAUCUCUCUUGACAAGGGAUAGCUUCUUGGGACACCGGUCCGAAGCAGAGCAAAACUAGAAGUGGCCAUACGCGCUUUCGUCUACGUACCGCCACCACGACGUUCGCAAAUAAAAACAUCGCCAAGAUGCUCUUAAUAAUCCUUACGGAGGCAUCUUCAAUCUGUCGAUCGGUGCAAGCGAUGCGGCAAGUACCAGCAACAAACCCGAUCUAGACAAAAAGCCAAGCGAAGAGAGAUGCCACAAUGCGCACUCGGUGAAGGUGCUUGCAGAAUCAUCUGACGGCUAGCUUUAGGAGCAAACCAGCGCCACCAUAACACAGCUGAGAGGUGCUGAGAGGGAGAGUCCGCUUAGAUACUUUCUUCCCGCAGCAUAAAGCAUUCGGUUGCUGCUUACAGCACCGAUCGGUCAAUGAUGUUUCAAUUUCUCGAGAGGCUAUCCGAUGGGCAACUUCGGAGAAUAUCCAAAUUGACUCAGCAUCUGAAGAAGCAACUUCCCCGCAACAUCGCGGCGAAUAAAGAUGGUAGGAAACGGAGCAGAUAGGAAUUCCAGCAGGUGCGAGCGAAACACGACAAAGGCGUGCGUGAGCAUAGCGGAGCUUUCUCUCGGCUGCUUCGAGUUCUAUUAUAUAUGUUGCACGACCGCGGGCACUAUUUCCUAGUAGACCCGAGACGACGCAACACCACGGCCACGGCCCCGAGUAGCGCGACGUCGCCGAACGCAACGCCAGGAAUCCGUGCCGCAGCAAGAUCGAACCGCCGGAGAAAGCGAUCUGCACCAGAGUGUGUGAUAGGAAGGUGGAAUGGUAAAGAGUGCUAGAGAGAAUCACUGAGAGAUAUAAAGUGUGCGAAGGAGAGCUGCAUAUGGCGAGUGUGCGCCAUUCGCUGUAGCGGGACAGAGCGCACGAAGCAGCUGAAAGAAGCGGUAAAAAGAAAGCGUCUGCACUCCGGCACGAUCGUGACCAAACUGGGACCUCCGAACGGUGCCGAUCCGGUGAAGCGCGGUCAAUUCCGACGCAAGACGCAUACGAGCAAGACCGUCUUCGCAGCAGCACCGGAACGUGCGUCGCGAGUGCUACUUUCUUUUUCGCGGCAUUUGCGCAAAAAACGAACGUGUCGAUAGUUGUGCGGUGAAGAACGCAACGGAAAGCCCAACACAAAGUGCGCGUAGUGAACGCGUGCCAUUUGUUUGUCCGUCCCGUGUGUUUGUUCUGUUUUGCUUUGUUUUUUGUUUUUGGUGUGUUAUUUUCUUGUGCCUUUCGGAUAUACGGAUACGGACGUGGUGACGAACAGCAGCAUUAGUGAGAGCUUGCAGAAUUGUUACAGCUCCUAGUGGAAAGAACACAACGCUGGUGCAGGCAACGAACCCUCCGUUCUUCACUAUCUUAAGCAAUAAAGGAACUUUAACGCGUUCCACCGUUAAGGGAAAGUUCAAGGUUCUCUUUCCUUGGAAUCUCGGGUGAAAGUGACCGACGGGCAGAGGCGAACGUGCUACGACUUACACACGCACACGCCCACGGCCACGACGAAACCCAUCCGGAUGCAAUCCAGGAAACCGGGAGCAUUACAGUACAGCCACGUUCAAAGUCCGGGAUCGCUCUAAGUGCUCGCGAGCCAGCAGAAUAAUCAACCCCGAAAACCGGAUCUGAGACGUUACGUCUUAUCGUACGAUCGGAAACGUGUGUUCGAAGGGCGCGCAACAGACCUACCGCUGUCAAUUAGCUGACAGGAGGGUGUGAUUACUGUCGGCAGAAUCGAAAAAGAACCUCCCUCAAAAAAAAGGCUCGAGGUGUAGAAAUCGUACCGAGACCGAUGUGGAAUCAUCAUUAGCCUCAGAUAUUCGUCCUGUCACCCGCUGCGUGUGUUUGUGUGUUUUAUACGGUUUUGUUCUACACAUUUGCCCGGCCCGGUACCAGUGUCAGUGACUGUGUGUUGAUAACUCAUCUUGCGCCCUUCAACAAUUGCCUCGUAUAGGGAAGGCAAUGGCGACCGUACACCAUCGGCAAGGGGCCAACGCCUGGAUGCUGCCACUCAUGGUAGCAAUCUUGGCUGGCAUCACACUGCUGACCGCGUCCGUAAAUGGGUUAAGUUCAACAGGUGAAAGAGAAAGUCGAAAACUUUUCGGUGGGUACCGAAUUACGCCAAAGUUCUGCAAUGCUACGCGGUCGCUACAGAAACGUGAGCCGGAACGACGUGGUCCAACGAUCUGCAUGUUCAAUCAUGAAUGUUUCCAGCGGCAGGGUGAAGUUGUGGGUGCCUGCAUGGAUGGGUUUCUGUUUGGGACCUGCUGCGAACUACCCCUUACCAAGGACACAAUUGCCACCGGUUCCCUGAUGGAGCAAAUCAACACCACCGAACAGACAGCCCAAUCGUCGCUGAGUUCUGCUAUUGCCAGCCAAUACGAAAAGUUCGGCAGCCAGAUUUCGAGCGGUGGAUAUGGUGAAGGUGUGAUACAUAUGGAGCAAGACCCGCCAAAGCCAGAUUCGCUGGAAACGGACACGAGUGGAGGUUAUACGGCGAGUAGUGAAAAAAUAAAGCCACUGUUCACCAAAAUCCAGAACAACAAUUACAUCGUAAAUGACGAUCUGGACGAGGACAUCGUGCUAAACAGUAUCAGCGCUAACAAGUACGAUGUGGCCAGUGAUGCGGUGUCGGUGUAUUCACCCUCCACCAACAAGAUAAAAACGGAAAGCGAUGAGUUACCGUCAUCAUCGCUCGGAUACCCGUCCACAACGGAAUCGGAUGAAACGCACUACGUGCAGGUCAACAAGGAUAAUGUCUACAGUGCGGAGAUCCCUUCGCUGCUGAGCGCGUACGGUGAAACCAGCUCGAGCGAAACGAGCGGUACCGGUGCGUCUGCCAUAUCGAUGGAAACGAGCACCGACAUCACGGCCACCGGUGUGCAGCAAAUUGCCAAUCAAAUCUUCCAGGAGAACAGCCAGUUCUUUGAUCACAGUGAUAUCACACAUCCUGCUGCCGAAACGGAUCUCCUGAACGAACAUGGCGCAGUGGACCAGAGCUACGCAAACCCGAAUGACUUUUCCGGCGUACCACAGGCUUCCCAAGCUGUGCCGCAGCCAUCCGCACCUACGGUAAAACCUGUCAAGGUGACCUAUCCGAAGCCACAGUUUAAACCACGCCCGAAACCAACGCAACCGAGUUCGAAUGAAUCGGGAAGCGGUGGCCAGUACGUGCUGGUGCAAACAAUCUCGAACGACACUAAAAACGACACGCAAGCAAAACCGACCGUCUCAAUGAACAACAUACCGUCGAUCGAGUCGAUCAUUCUUAUGCUAAACGAUUCGAAUGUUGGACCACAGUACGAAACUGACGAAACUGCCAAUGCGACGAAACCUUCGUUUGAGGCUUCUACCGUUCCGUCCACCUACGGUACGGCUUCGAUCGAUUACGACAAGUACGGACCGACCAGCUUCUAUAUUACAAAGCCCCAGAAAACGGAAGCACCGACGGUUACUCACACCACCAGCAAUGUCCCAUCCACGAGCUACGUCUACAGCCCGAAACCCACCAAGCGGCCAACGUUAGCUCCGGUUGUAGUACAGGCCACACUCUUGACGAACAGUGCCGUCUCUUAUGGAGGAUCUUCUUCUCCACAAAGUGAAUCUCAGACCUCUUCGACGCAUCGACCACCGCCCACAAAGAUCAUAGUGUCUUCGAGUACUUCCAAGCGACCCGUACUCAUCACCACCGACACACUAGCUAGCAGUGGAUACUAUACUGGUCCGACCAGGCCUGGGUCCACUGUAGCCAUAUCUUCAGUACAACCAACGAAGAAGAUCACAACGAUCGCUACCAAACGGCCAAUCGCAACCACGAUCAAGCUGCCAGAAUACAUCGUCCAAUCGUCGACACUGUCCCACCAGAACCCAUCCACACUGGCCAACGUUAACUACAUUCAGAUUGCAAGUGCGUCCGAUAAUCCUUCACCGACGGUACACAUCACACCGAAGCCUGUAGUUGGGCUUGUUACGUCUUCUACGUGGAACAACAACAAGCUGGGCUCAUCGGUAGCACCAAGUAGUUCUCGACCAGGAUUCUACGAAAACACCCCACCCGUCUAUAUGUCUUCGAUUGCCGACUUCGAAGAUGAGGGCUACUUUGGAUCGACUAGCCGUCCGGCCUUAGACAACACUGUUACGUCCACCGCCAUCUACACACUAGUGGACAACAACAACAAUAAGAUCAGUAACUUUGCGUCCUCCACAUACGCUCCUUAUGGUCCGACAGCUUCGUAUGGUUCCACACCGUCGUACCCGGCUGCAAACCGUAUCCCACCGAACCAACCAAGCAUGCAAACUUACGGACCACCGGCUCCUGUGGAGGUAUCCACACUCAAGAACGAACUCUAUACGACACCGGAUGACAUCAACAACUUCCCGCCAGUGCGUAAUCCUAACCUUAAUCUUACCGAUCCUACCACCAUGUCGAACAUUACGAAGAUCGAGAGCGGUCUAUACGGUACACCGGCCAGCGAAGAGGACAAGGUGAACAUGCUGGUUAACAAGAUUGUGCAAACAUUCAACGGUAAUUUUGAGGAACUUGAACAGAUUCUGAAGGAGCGUAAAAACCUCACAAUCACCAGUACAGCGGGAUCUCUGGGCGCAACUACUGCGGUGGCUCCCUCAUCCGUUUCAUCCACCAGUGAAGGAUCUGCUCCUACCUCCAGCACAACUCCGAAACCGAAAAAGAAGAAGAAGCGUCCAAGUGGAAACCGAAAGCCUGCCAACGGAACUACCUCUAGCUCCGGUACCGCAACGAAGAAACCAACCGCUAAACCUACAGCACUUGCUGACACUGGCGUCACUAAUGCAACUUCCGUUAAACCAUCGUCUCGUCCUUCGAAGAAACCAACCAAGGUACGACGACCGAGCAACUCCACCAAACCAACGACCGGUUCCAAGCCUACGUCUGUGACCACGCUCACUAAACCGAUCGCCAGCGAUACACCAUCGAAACCGGCUAAACCGUCCAGCACGAAACCUAAACCAUCGACAUCCGCCAGCAGUAGUAGUACGUCGGCCGGUUCACGUCCGAAGCCUUCCACGUCACCGAAACCAUCGUCUGGCGGCAGUACGACCAAGAAACCGGUUCGCGCAUCCACUACCAAGCGACCAACGCGUAAACCCAGCACCCGGCCCACCCUAGCCGAUGCCGACCUCACCACAACGCAGCUGACGACGACGCGCAAACCUACCAAAGUCACGAAGCGCCCCACCAAACGCCCAUCCUCGACGACGACCACAACCACCGCCCCGCCGGAAGACGAAACGAUCGACGAGGAGGAAAACGCCGUGGACGGUGAGGACGAUGAGGAGGACGAGGACGAGGACGUUGGUGAGGAGACGAACGAGACGGUGGACCAGCAGCAGUCGGGAGGAAGAAAGAUUCUUUGUGGCCAACGGCCAUUGAUGAAGAGUGGACGCGUGGUAGGCGGUAAGGCAUCGAAGUUUGGCGAAUGGCCUUGGCAGGUGCUUGUACGCGAAUCGACCUGGCUCGGACUGUUCACCAAGAACAAGUGCGGUGGUGUGCUGAUUACGAACGAAUACGUCAUCACUGCUGCUCACUGCCAGCCUGGCUUCCUUGCCUCGCUGGUGGCCGUGUUCGGAGAGUUCGAUAUCUCAAGCGACCUAGAAACGAAGCGUUCCGUCACGAAGAACGUAAAACGUGUCAUCGUUCACCGACAGUACGAUGCAGCCACCUUUGAGAACGAUCUGGCCAUCCUGGAGCUCGAGAAUCCCAUCCAUUACGACGUUCAUAUAGUGCCAAUCUGUAUGCCAGGCGAUGAGGCCGACUUUACCGGACGCAUGGCAACCGUUACGGGCUGGGGCCGGCUAACCUACGGUGGCGGUGUACCCUCCGUCCUGCAGGAAGUUCAGGUGCCGGUCAUCGAGAACAGCGUCUGUCAGGAGAUGUUCCACAUGGCCGGACACAACAAAAAGAUCCUACCAUCGUUCGUCUGUGCCGGUUACGCAAACGGCAAGCGAGAUUCCUGCGAGGGUGACAGUGGAGGUCCAUUGGUGCUGCAGCGUCCCGAUGGCCGGUACGAGCUGGUCGGUACCGUGUCCCACGGUAUUCGGUGUGCUGCCCCCUAUCUACCCGGUGUCUACAUGCGAACGACCUUCUACAAACCCUGGCUACGAAGCGUUACUGGUGUGAAAUAACAUCCCCCAACUAGCCACCCACAGGAAUGGGCGUAUCGACGGACGGCAAGAGCAUGGUGCUAGUGUGCAAUGUACAUCACUGGCAAGAUUCUAUGCACCUUUGGAUAUACUUGUGUGUGUGUAUACGUGUGCAUGAUCGUGUAUGUAUGUGUGUUUAUCUGUGUAUGUAUGCAAAAGGAAGAUCUACCAAGACUCCACGUGUGAACGUUUGCAGCUGUUCUGUUUGUGGUGUAUGUGUGCCCGCUGUUAUGUAUGUAUUUGAGUACGGGAUUUAUGCUACGAGAAAUUUAAAAGAAAAAAAGCUCAUAAAAACCACCCCCCAACUCGGAAGCAUCCCGUGUACGGUUGAGUGUGUGCGAGAGCUCGUGACGGUUAGGCUAGUGUGUAACACGUAGCAGAAAGAUUAGGUUUAACCUGCAAUUUCACAUUAAGUACCGGAAAUGCAACAAAACGAUAGCACACACUGUAGUGGUCCAUCGGUCCGUUUGCAAUGGACGCGUUGCACAAAAUGGUUUCAAUGCGCUAAAACCGGGGCAGCAUACAUCUGCUAUAUGUAGUACAUAGGUAUGAAGCGUAUGCGCUAUGCAAAAAAAAGGUGAAAGGAAACAAAUUGCAUUCAUAGAGAUGUUAGGGGAUGUGAUUCGGUGAGUCAUUGUUAAGAGUAAUUUAUAUUAAUUUAUUAAACAUUGUUGUUAGUGGUUCAAACUAUUUAUUAAUGGAUAUAUUUAUUUCGGGGCACUGUGUAGACAGG